AUCGAUUAUUUCCCCUGCCCCAGCUUCCCUAACAACAACUAUCAGUCGCCAUGUUAAGAUUUGUUCACUGCAAAAGAAGAACCUGUCUGUUCCAUGUUCAGAUAAUUUCCCGUUAAGUAUCUCUUAUGGCUUGUAACUAAUUACAAAAUAACAUGACGGAUCCAGCACCACAACUGUCACCUAAGGUGUCACCGAGUUCAUCGCCAUCCAAGAACACUUUACAGUCUUUCCAGGGACGCACUACACCAUCACUGCAAAACACUCCCCUUUUCAAAAAGAAGAAAAUCAUCCCCAAAUCUCCAAUAGCAACCGCAAGGAGGCUGAAUUUAAACCCAGAGGCUGCCCUGACUGAUCGACCCGUGGUGAGACCCGAAAAAGCAGCUACAACUAAACAAACAACCGCUAAGCCUCCUGCAAACCCACCACCACCUCCAAAGUUCAUUGGACGCACUAUAAGACGAAUUCCUUCUUAUGACGCCAUCAAAUGGUUGAGGCAUUUGUUGAAACUACCUCCAAAAAGUGCCAAGAAGAAAUCCUUUCAUUUGAUGAAGGGUUGUCGACCUUGCUGUGUCAUUCUCAAAAAAUUGCCUCUGGAACCAUCCCAGAAAUCUUUAGACCUUUCUCACUGUCCUCACUCUAUGACAAAAACAUUAAAGGAAUGUUCGGCAGCAUGUCGCUAUGACUACGGCCGAGUUCACAGACCAUGGAUGAUGCUUCAGCAUCGCAGGAUGAAAAGGGUAUUUGCUGCUUUACUUUUCAACAAGACUCUUCGGUCUAUGUCCGUAAAACUGGAACCUUAUGCCAAAUCCCCAAAACUGCCAAAGCCUCAGUCAAAAGUAGGACCACCUCUACUUAGUGCUACACCAGGUAAAAUGAGGUUUUUCUUCCUGGAACUGAAGAGAAAAAUCAUCUUAAUUCCUGUCAUUGGCAAUAAGAUGGGGCAACAAGCCUAUGAACUUGACAAUCCACAGAAUAUUGGAAUACUCUACAACAUUGCAGCAUCUCUACAGAAAUCUUCAGAGGAAACCGAACAGUGAUCUUUCUUAACAUUAGCUCUUGUCUCUUUAUAAAAUAAUUCUGUACUUUG